UAUUCCUUUAGUAAUUUCCAGCCUUCCCUUGAGUUGAUAUUCUUACCAUGAUGCUCUCUUGCUGAUUGUUGUUCAUUGAAAGUCUAUUUGGUUGUUAAGAAGUCUAGUAUGAUACCUUUAUGUUUAGAAUCUAAGUAUCUGGUAUUUCUUCAACCUCCCGCUGUGUGUUGCCUGCUGUUGAAAAUUCAUUUAAAAUAUCAUAUGGUUUUAGUGUAUAGGCUUGCCGAGUGAAGUAGUGUUCUAAAUGGUGUACUACAAUAAAUUCUUGUAUUCGGUAACCUGCUUCAUGGUACCAGAAACACUGCAAGAUGAGGUUCUCGGAAAGAUGGGUGCACCACCAAAGAGCGAAGUACCUAUUAUUGCACCCAAUGAGCUUUCUGAUGCCGAUGGUUUACUGUUUGGUUUCCCUACUAGAUUUGGAAUGAUGGCUGCACAGUUCAAAGCAUUUUUAGAUGCAACCGGAGGUUUAUGGAGGACACAACAGUUAGCAGGCAAACCUGCAGGAAUUUUCUACAGCACUGGUUCUCAAGGAGGUGGACAAGAGACUACCGCCUUGACAGCCAUCACUCAGCUUGUUCACCAUGGAAUGGUGUUUGUGCCAAUUGGGUACACAUUUGGAGCUGGCAUGUUUGAGAUGGAGCAGAUCAAGGGUGGCAGCCCCUAUGGUGCAGGAACUUAUGCCGGGGAUGGCACAAGACAACCUUCUGAACUCGAACUACAGCAAGCUUUCCACCAGGGAAAGUAUUUCGCCAGCAUUGCCAAGAAACUCAAGGGGACUACUGCUUGACUAUGGACUCUGUUUAGUACUCUAUACAUGCACAUUUUCUUUGUUACUUAAAUUCCCAUGGCAGAAUUUCACUUUCCAAAAUAACUUUGUGCUUUGUUGGAUAUAUUUGUUGUCACAAUAUUACUAAAAAGUUUGUAUAUUUAUUGUCAUGGUAUAAAGCCCAAUUCUAUCUAUAGAGUA